GGUUCAGAGUACCUGUUUCAGGUGGAAGACCACGAUACUAUGAUGGACUGGAUACAGAAAAUACAGGAACAUAACGACCCUGAUAAUGACCAGGGUGCUGGCAAUACUGAUCUAAUACUGCGGAAAUCUUCACAGAUUGAACAGCAGGCUGCCACCGUCAAGAGCUCACCACAGGUGGCGCCCAAAUCGGCCGGGAAGAAGUUAACGGUGAAGACGUCGAAGGCUCCACACUCCCCCAGUAUGAAACACAGGCGAGCAGAGGACUCCCCAAAGAACAAGGAGAACAAGAGCUGGCGCGGCAGGAUGGCCAAGGGACUGAAGAGGUUUGGCUCUGGCACCUCCACCAAUGUAGAGGCAGAGGCGGAGGAGGCGGUGGGAACGUUUGGAGUCCCGCUGGAGCUGUGUCCUGCAUCUUCUAAUAAUGAGUACCUGCCCAUGGUGAUAGAGAUCUGUACCAGUAUAGUAGAGGCCAGGGGACUGGAGUUUGUAGGCAUUUACAGGGUGCCUGGCAACACUGCUGCCGUGGCAACACUACAAGAGGAGCUCAACAAGGGAUCACCUAACCCAGAUAAUGAGAAAUGGCUGGAUGUCAAUGUAGUGGGCAGUCUUCUGAAGUCCUUCUUCCGAAAACUUCCAGAAUCCUUAGUAACGGAUGAGCUGUACCAAGCCUUCAUUGAUGCCAACCGUCUUGAGAACCCGGAGAAGAGAAUGUUGAUCUUGAAGAAACUGCUGCAUGAUCUCCCAGAACACCACUUUGAGACCUUCAACUACCUGGCUCAGCACCUGAAGAAAGUGGCGUCUUAUGGACAUGUUAAUAAGAUGGAUGCCAGGAAUCUAGCCAUAGUGUUUGGUCCAACUUUAGUGAGGACAACAGACGAGAGCAUGUACAGUCUGGUGACUGAUAUGUCUGACCAGUGUCGUAUUGUGGAAACUAUCAUACAACAUAACCAGUGGAUGUUUAGUGACUGGGAGGAGGACACGCAUGUCCCGCUAGACGAGGAACCAGUGGAUGCCAACCCUGUGACCAGUAUGAACACGCUGCUGACCAAGAUAGCCAGGUCUGAGGAGACAGAUGGACGUGAGAUCAGCGCCAAGGAUCUGGUGUCUAACAUCAUCCAAGCAGCCAAUAAACGGGUGAAAAGAAAGGACAAGAAAUCCAGCAGUGACAGCUCAGACAUCGGCAGUGAAUGUGGCUUCAAUGAAAGAAACAUUGAUGAAGCAGUUGUUGCCAGGCAACUGAAAAUGCAGGGGCAGCCCCCAGAGAGGGUAGAGUCAGGAGGUCAGAAAGACAGUGUGUUCUCAACAAAAACGGAUUAUGUGGAUUCUAGGAGUAAGUCUGAGGAUCGAGGACUGGACCAGAAAACGUCUGAGGUGAACUUGCUGGGCAGGUGCUCUACAGAGGUCAGUCUGUCCUCAGUGGGCAGCAGGGGACAGUCUUCUCUGGACAGCCACCAGCCCCCGCCCACCACCACCACCACUGUGACCAGUGUCUCCUCACAGGAACAACAGAGAAUAGACUCUGGCUCCACACGACAGGCGCAAAAAAUAGCUCCUGUGUCAUCGUACUCUGAUGACCUUGACCUACAAAGACAGCAAGUGACGGAGAAACAGGCAUUCCAGAGAACUUUUAACACCAUUUAUACUCACAAUAGACCCUCCAUCACGCGGCCUCGGUCUGAGGAGUCGCUAUUAGACUCUCGCCUGGAUCACGAUGAGGUUGAGAUAACUCACGGGUAUAAGAAGCCCAGUGUUAGCCACGAGGAGAGAAAACGGCGGCUGGAGUUUGAGGCGAGAGCCAUGAGACAGAAAGAGGAGGAGAGACAGAGAGAGAAGGAAAAACGGGAGCUGGAGAGACAGCGGAUAGAGGUGGAGUUACAGAAGACACAGCGAGAGUUGGACGAGGAGAGCAAGGACAGUAGUUUGGAGGACUUGCUGAAACACGCUCAGCCGGGAGAUAUCACUAACAAGAUCUCAGACUACAGCAAUAAACUGGCAGAUCUCAGCAAUAAGGCGGACACCACGUCUAUCACGUCAGAUUAUUCUACAACAUCAUCUGCUACGUAUACAGCCUUUGAAAAUCAGCGCGCCCCGCCUCCACACCAAACAUCCGACUACUCUAGUAACACCUCGCCGACAAGUUUACACGCUGACGCCAAAUUAAGUCUUGUAGAUCCAGAGCAUUCCAGACCUUUACGAUCUAACAUGCCAACUGUCCAGUCUGACGGUCGUCCUGCCUUUGGAGGUUCGAAAGUGUACGCCGUGACAGUGAGCCGUUCUGCCCACCCGGGACACUUACGGCGCUCUCAUACCACCGACCUGGGCUCCGGCAUCGCGCGUAUCCAUCUGUCUCAGCACCCGGCUCAGCCACAGCACGCGUCCUCACGCACAAUAACAUUACGCCGAGCGUCGGUGGAGAAUGAACCUCGGCACAAACCGCCGCCACACGACGGGUACACUCGGAAAAGGAGGAGUCGGGAACUGGAACCGUACCCUCACGAUCUGAACACAGUGGACCACUCAAGAGCCCAGCACAGACGUGGCUCUUUAGACUCCUUACGGGACUACUACGACCGCCAUGAUGCCAGGCAUUCUGUCUCCAGCGCGUCAGAGGACGGAGAUAGCUCGGCCCCCCUUGAAGACAGACUGAAGGCUCUCUUGGUGCCUGGGAGCAGUGACUAUACCAGGCUACCAUCCAGUAUACACGAUAGUAAUAGAGUUAAUGUGCAAGAAAAUAUAAGAGACAAAAGUUCUGGUAGAUUAGAUAAUAAAAGACCAGAAAAGACUGAAACUAAAAUAGGCAUAGCGUCGCGUUUUGAGAGAAAUCCACCGCCUACAAGUGACAGGACAGAGAACACUGCAGUUAGUUCUGGAGGCGCGCCUGAGGGUAACAACACACAAACAAUACCACCCAGUCACCAGGUGAUGCCAAUGACAAAGUUUGAGAAGACGGGGUCCAAUCUCAGCCAGCAGGCGGCCCAGGGUGGCCGUGACACUGUCCAGGGCAGGCUGCGCAAGGCGGGCUCUUUGGAUCACCUGGAGAUAGACGCUCACUCCGCGGAAAAGAUGAGCUCGCCGGAGAGGACGGAACAGUCGCCAAAAAGCGAGGUCUCGGAGGAAGGCCCGAAAGUGAAACGGCGGACGGGUGUGGAUAAAAAGUUACGUCGGCGGCACACAGUGGGAGGAGUCAAGGAUGUCGAUCACUUCAGGGCCAUUGUGACGUCAUUGGGCCAAUCAGAACCCUCGAAACAAUCAGCAUGGGAACGUCUCCAACCACGUGACCGAGACACGGGCGAGGAGGACGACAGGAAUUUACAGACAUGGCUGGCACGUGAGCGACUUCGCACCAGUGCCACUGACUUGACUGCUGGGCUAGCCAAAGCGCUUGUUGAUAUCAACCUUAGUGCGGGGGAGAGGGGAGGGGAACGACCUCUUCAAACGGACAUCGCUAGACGAGAACAAAAACGCUACAGACAGCAUCAUAAUACGGUGGCGACAGCGCCCGUGGAGUCUAAGAUAUAACAUGUUUUUAAAUGAAAAUACAGUGUAAGUUUUAAUACAAAUGUGCAUAAUGAACUUUAAUAUGUAUAUGUAGUGCGUAGAUGUAGAAUUAGCAGGCUCAAUGGACGCGGUAGUGAACAGUGCAUUUAUUUCAGUGGAGACCGCUCAGUUUUGUAUAAUUUAAUAGAAAGUGAAAGACUCCCAGCAAACAUUCUGUGAACUCUGCCAACUGUCGGGACAUUUGUUGGGAUGUCAACACAGCCAAAUUAUACCCAACGCAAUCACACCUAACACAACCAGAUACAACCACACCUUACAGUAGGCCUACCGUGAUACAGUGAAUUUGUGUACAAAGUCAUUUGCUCUAGUAUGCUUUGCAAUAGCAGGAUGACAGUGGUCAUUUUAUAUUGAAGUUUUUCAUUUAUUUAUAUGUAGUCAGUUUACAGCUCUUCUUGCCAAAGCAGUUGAUUUCAUAUUUUUAAUAUUACUAAUCUAGAUAUUUAUACGAGUCAAUGCCAGGCGUAGACCAGGCUGGCUGUUAUUGUGAAGAAAAUGAAUUAAUAUUGUUUUAGCAAUUCUAGUCCUAGCACAGUUUUAAUUCACAAUUAGUUAAUUCAAAGCAACUCGCCAAGUAGCUGUUCUGUUAAAGAAUAUCAGGACAAGGAAGGCUAUUAGGUUUGAUGAUGUUAUUUAAUGAAACAUAUUUUGUGAUGUAAAGUUUGUAAAGUAGCAAACAAUCAAGAAUUUGAUUUGAGGCAUCAAGUCGGCACUGUAGAAUUCUAUGGCCGGUAGUGGAUAAAAUGUCUUGAUAAUUUUGUUCCGUGUUCAACAGUGGUUUUUGAGCUGUGAUUCAUUACUUUUGUAAACUUAGUUUUAGAUUUGCAUAGAUAUUUUAUCGCCAUCCCGCCUUUACACAGACAUGUCGUCUGCCGCAGUGACGUCACAGCGGGGCAUAUCACGUGACGAUAAGAUGAACAUAGAACUCUUAAGUAUAGAAUAGAAAAUCUAGUCUGUGAAUACCAGUAGCAAUACCGCCACAAGUAAAUACUCUUGUACAGUUUUGUUUUUCAUAUAAAUCGUGUAAAAUAUUGAUAUGAUUUACAAUUGUAAUUUGAGCCUUUUUCAGUAUUUAUAAAAUUGAUACCAUCUCUAACGUGUAAUCGGUGGAAUAUGAAUAAUGUUGUACGCUGACAGGAAUGAAGAUAUUCCAUUAAACAGUAUAAUUCUA